AUGUCCGCCGCGGACACGGCCCCGCCGUCACCGCCGCGACCGUGUCCGUGUCCGCGGCGGACACGGCCGUCGGCCGCGGACGACGCGCCAGGCGACGACGGUAGCCGCCGUCACCGCCGCGACCGUGUCGUGUCCGCGGCGGACGACGACGGUAGCCGCCGUCACCGCCGCGACCGUGUCCGUGUCCGCGGCGGACACGGCCGUCGGCCGCGGACGACGCGCCAGGCGACGACGGUAGCCGCCGUCACCGCCGCGACCGUGUCGCUGUCCGCCGCGGACGACGACGGUAGCUCGCGCCGUCACCGCCGCGACCGUGUCCGUGUCCGCCGCGGACACGGCCGUCGGCCGCGGACGACGCGCCAGGCGACGACGCUCACCCACCAGCUGGUAGCCGCCGUCACCGCCGCGACCGUGUCCGUGUCCGCGGCGGACGACGACGGUAGCCGCCGUCACCGCCGCGACCGUGUCCGUCCGCGGCGGACACGGCCGUCGGCCGCGGACGACGCGCCAGGCGACGACGCCGCCGUCACCGCCGCGACCGUGUCCGUCCGCGGCGGACACGGCCGUCGGCCGCGGACGACGCGCCAGGCGACGACGGUAGCCGCCGUCACCGCCGCGACCGUGUCCGUGUCCGCGGCGGACGACGACGGUAGCCGCCGUCACCGCCGCGACCGUGUCCGUCCGCGGCGGACACGGCCGUCGGCCGCGGACGACGCGCCAGGCGACGACGGUAGCCGCCGUCACCGCCGCGACCGUGUCGUGUCCGCGGCGGACGACGACGGUAGCCGCCGUCACCGCCGCGACCGUGUCCGUGUCCGCGGCGGACACGGCCGUCGGCCGCGGACGACGCGCCAGGCGACGACGGUAGCCGCCGUCACCGCCGCGACCGUGUCCGUGUCCGCGGCGGACGACGACGGUAGCCGCCGUCACCGCCGCGACCGUGUCCGUGUCCGCGGCGGACGACGACGGUAG